CUUCUUCCUCCCAAUCCCAAAACCUCUAUAUUACCACCCUUAAGUCCCCCCAAAUCCCCAAUCCACGCUACUACCCUCUUUUACUCCACAUGGCCCGAACAAGCACCAUCCCAGCAAAAAACCACCCCCCGCAACGCACCCACCCCCUUGUCCAUCGGCAACCCCGUGAUAGGACUGUUUGAACCUCCCCCCCCUGGGCACGGAAAACUUUCGCUUGCCAAGAUAUCUUGCUCCCCCUUGCUCUCUCAUAUUCCCAUCAUCGGGACUAUAUGGUAUCUUUCUCAUCUCUGCCUCCCCCGGCUAGUGUAG